AGAUAAAAACAACGAUCUAAAGCUAUGUAGUUGUGUCUUAAAGUACGUUUUGGGUCAAAACGAUACACGUUUUGUUGAUAUUUUUUUAAAUUACUUGUACUUAUUCGUUAGAGAAUUUCAAACGCGCGUUUCGUUUUUAUGCACAAUCGGUAACCAGCGCUUUGACAUGUGCCAUUGUUAGUAGAUAACCCUACUUUUUACAUCUUCAUUUAAAGAAAACAUGUAUUCGCUCACAUAUUUGGCACGACGAUUCAAUAAAACGGUCUUAAUUCAAACAACCCGCUUCAAUUCGAGUGCCCCUCAAGCACAGGAAGUCGCACCCCCAUUGGACGCAAAUGACCCACAGAAAAACGUGUUAACCCACCCGGAUUACUUCCACGUGCAUGAUUUAUUCACAGUUAGGGACCUGUUUAACGCUCGGGUCCACUACGGCCACAAGGAGGGCUCCCUCAACGAGCGAAUGUUGCCCUACAUUUACGGCAGUCGUUUAGGGCACAUUAUCUUCGAUUUGGACAAAACGGCCGAUUAUUUACGCCGAGCGCUUAAUUUCGCUGCACACAUCGCGUAUCGAGACGGUAUAAUAUUAUUUCUGUUGAGAGGAGCUCAGAAUUCUCAUUUGGUGGAGAAAACGGCACAAGAGUGUGGCGAAUUUGCACAUACGAGGUUCUGGAGGGGCGGCAUUUUCACGAAUUCGACGAAACAAUUUGGGGCUGUGACCAGAUUGCCCGAUUUGUGCAUUUUUCUAAACACUUUGAACAAUGUCUUGUUGCAACAUACAGCAGUCAGGGAUUCGGCCAAAAUGGGGAUUGCCACCAUUGGGAUUGUUGACUCGAACUGUGAUCCCAAUUUGUUGACGUAUCCGGUGCCCGGAAAUGACGAUUCCCCUGCUAGUAUUGAGCUGUAUUGCAAGUUGUUCAAGGCGGCUAUUUUGAGGGGCAAGGAGAGGAGGAAAAAAGACAUGCAACUGUAAUUGGCGUUUAUUGUACAAAUGUAGGUAAAUAAAUCACGUUUCUUAACACCUAA